AUGAUUCUCACAAAAAUCUCCUCCGUUUUUCUUAUCUGUCUCUUGGGUCUCUACUCUAAAACUGCCAAGUCCCAGUUCUGCGGCUGCUCUCCGAUCCUAUGCUGCAGUCAAUACGGUUAUUGUGGUACCUCCGACGUUUAUUGUGGUUCCGGUUGCCAAUCAGGUCCUUGCGGAAGAUUUAAAGAGCCUGCGGUGGUUGACAGGAUUGUGACACAAGGUUUCUUUGAUCGCAUUAUCAACCAAACCGAUAAUGGCUGCGCUGGAAAAAAAUUCUACACUCGUGAUACUUUCAUUAACGCAGCUAAUACUUUCCCCGACUUUGCUAAUUCUGUUACAAGGCGUGAAAUUGCUACCAUGUUUGCUCAUUUCACCCGCGAGACCGAACAUUUCUGCUACAUAGAGGAGGUAAAUGGGAGUUCACUUGACUACUGCGACGAAAACAACAGGCGAUACCCAUGUGCACCGGGUAAAGGCUACUUCGGUCGUGGUCCGUUCCAAUUAUCAUGGAACUACAACUAUGGAGCAUGUGGCCAAAGUCUUGGCCUUGACCUGCUACGUAUGCCUGAACUAGUGGGUAGCAACGCAACUGUGGCUUUCAGGACGGGUGUGUGGUUUUGGAUGAAUAGCGUAAGGCCGGUACUGAAUGAAGGAUUUGGAGCCACCAUUAAAGCCAUCAAUGGUAUGGAGUGUAAUGGUGGGAAUCCGGGUGCGGUCAAUGCAAGGAUAAAGUACUAUAGAGACUAUUGUGGACAAUUUGGUGUAGACCCUGGUGUCAACAUCACUUGCUAA